AUGGCUGGGUAUGCCCAAAGCCUUCCCGAUCAGCGAGACACUCGAGUGGAAGGUCGUCACGAACGAGCCCAACCUCAUCGAAUAGUGCGCCUCCUGGCUUUUGUACACCCGACGGAGCUCAUCAGGCGCACGAGCAGCACGCAGAAGCAAAAGUACACGCUGCCCAUCAAGGCGACAAAAGUGAUGGACUCGCUCGUGAGGAUGGAGCUGGACAGUUCCGAAAAGAUCACUCAUUUCGAAGAUCGGUGGGGCGGCAAGCCCUGCCCGACGAACAAGAUUGCGAUGUUCCUUCGACGAGUGACUUUGACAGCUCCGAGACGCGUCGAGGGCGAUAGACCCGUUGCUACCUCCCCUGAUUGCUCUUUGGCAUCUGCAGCGCUCCGGUUCUAUCCAUUCUUCGCCAGCAUGUCAGCCACAGACCGAGGAGAUGAGGUGCGACUGACAUCGCCGCAUGACUUCAAAGUCGCUUUGGACAAUUAUGCGAGCGAGAUCGGUCAAGGCAAUCGAUGGCGACGAAUUAUCACGAGAGCCACCCACACGGCCAUCUGCAAAGCAGUCAACGGGUCACCUAAUCCGCUCAUCAAGCUACACGGUCAGGCCGCACUUCAACACGUCCGCAAGCAAAAUUUCAAAACGCUCAUUCUUCAAGGCCAGCAAUUCCUCAUGCGACUCGGUAAGGUCGUCGCGAUCCAAGACGAGUACUACGAUCUGAUCGCAUCCGCUCACGUUCAAGGCACUCAGCAUCUCUCGGCCAACAAGACGCUAGUCCGUGCAAGCAAAGACUAUGUUCUCCUACCGCGCCAGCUCAUCAAGGAAUUUGUGCUCUCCUGUCCUGGCUGCAAUCCACUCGUGUCUCAGUCGACUGACGAAGCGAUCGAGGAAGCUGCAACCUCGAAAGGUUCACGCAAAUCGCUCGGCAAACUAUCGCCAUUCCUGCCAUAUCCGUCUUCCGUUCAUGUUGCUGCGCAGCGGAGUGAUCCACUGAGAAGAGAAGAGCAAGAUGUCGAGAAAGCGAUCGAGAUUCCUGGCCUGCUCGAGAUACCUGGCACGAUCAGGAAGCAGCGCGUCGCGCUCAUUGACCAAUGGAACGUCGGCUCACCGGGUCAAUUCCACCUCGCUUCUUCACCGGCGAUGAGUGAAUGCUACGGUCGAGACGAUCGAGUGCAAGCGGGUGCAAUUCAUGAGGCAUGCUCACUUUGGUCUGCAUUGGCAACAUACACGCAAGAAGAGAACAAAGAUCUCCGAAUGCAAUGGUCACCGUCGAGUGACGAUCCUUAUCUCGGCCAUCGAUAUCAUGAGUCUCUAUCGCCAGAACGUCACGGCAAUCGUGCUGCCGAAAGCCAAGAUCACGAGAUGGAAGAGAUAGACAGCAUGCUCGACCUGGGCUCAGACACGUGCUAG